AUGGGCAAGUGGCUCGACGAAUUAAGGGCCGCAAACCCUCCUGUUUGGGCUUUGGAGGAAGCCGAAAACUUCAUCGAGAAAAACCGGCAUCGAGUUAAUCUCGAUGCCCUCGCCGAUCCCGCAAAGGCGAAGAAGUAUUAUGUUGUCUACUUGUUGCGAGGGCCAAAAGCUGACGGCAAACAAUACGGCAUUUUUUCGAAUCACUCCGAAUGCCAAAAACAAUUGACAGGUUGCAACAACCGAAACCAGGGAGGAAGCUGUGAGCCAAUCCUCGCGCUAUUACAUACAAUCACGACUGACGGAUGGCAGGUGGUCAUUCUUAAAAAAGGCCUCGCUGCGGAAUUCACAGAGGGAUAUUUGCCGCGCUCGCUGACGAACCCUCGGAGCACCACUUUCGAAAUUUCUGCCGAUUCUGGGGAUGACAUCACGGACGAAAACGCGCCCAGGAAACGGGUGCGCCUACACGAACCUUCUAAAUUGCCCGGAAGCUCUCAUGAGCCGUCUUUCAUGUCGGAAAAUACCGAGCCUCAAGAUCAAGAGAAUUCCCACGAGCAGGAAUGCGAAGACAGCUCUGACAAGGUGGUAAAAGAAGAGACUUCUGAUGAGCAGGGCUUUGACCCAUCGGUUCCAAAACUUCUCCUGAGUCUGGAACAACAACGCGCUUUGGAUCUUGCAAUUGAAGGUCACAAUCUUUUUAUCACCGGCUCUGGCGGUUGCGGCAAAUCCUACCUCGUCGAGACCCUGAACAACGAAUUUAGGACUCGCGGAAAGAAUGUCUACCUACUCGCACCAACCGGGCAAGCGGCUGUCAAUAUAAGAGGUAGAACGACAUUUUCCUACAUGAAUUGGCGGCCCGAGGACCUAGCAAAGACCGACCAGACGCUCGUUGAGCAAGCGCGAGGCCAACUUGUCUGGAAACGCAUUACUUCCACCGAUGUUCUGAUUAUCGAUGAAAUUAGCAUGGUUGGCAAACAGUUUUUUGAACGUCUCAGCUACGUCAUUCGCAUGAUUCGACAAACUUUGCGUCCGCAGCCUGCUAAUGUGGACAGCCCGUUUGGAGGGAUUCAAAUAAUCGUCGUCGGUGACUUUUGUCAGCUAGCCCCAAUAAAGGGUCUCGGAUACUGUCGUGCGGAAAUACAGUAUGACGAUCAAGGCAGGGCGUGGCACCCAUGUGGAUUACUUCAGUCGACCAACGAUCGUCGCAAUUGGUAUUGCCCCGAGAACGACGGGCAUCCCAGAUUCGCUGACAGUGAAAAAUGGGCCUUCAAGUCUGAGGAUUGGCUGCAGUGUAACUUCAGUCAUAUAAACCUGACUACGAUACAUCGCCAGAAGGAUGCAGGCUUUGUACGAAUACUUCAGAACAUCCGGAUGGGCCACAUUGAUGACCGCGAUCUUGCUGUUCUUUUGCAGGCACGCAGAACUGGGGAUGGAAUACGCUUGUUCAGCCACAACUGUGAUGCCGAGGAUUACAACGACAGUAGAUUCGCAACUCUCCCGGGUGAUACCGAAAAAUAUGGUUGUGUCGACCACCCCGCAUCCGAUGGCGAAUAUAGUGACCUACACCGGUACACUGACUCACUGAGCAUGAAGGUGGGCAUGCCUGUCGUCUUGCAAGCAAAUGUCGAUGUAGAGGAAGGCCUCUGUAAUGGCAGUCGAGGCAAAGUCAUUCGUUUCGUAUCCUCUACUGAGAGCGAGCCUAUGAAGCCCAAUAAGAGGAAUUACAGAGGUGAUCAUCUCGGAUACGAUAUAGCAUGCGCGCGAUACACCCAAAUCAGAAAUUUCAGAAAGAAAUUGAGGGGGAAACCCUGUAAGCAAUCUCAUAUGGCAGUUUCCAUAUAUCCAUGGAUACUGACGUGUUUUCCAGAUCCCGAGGUUCUGUUUUCAAACGGCCAACGCCGUGUCAUCGGUCCAGACUGCAGCAUUCUCAAUAUCGAACGUUACGCAGAAUCAUCUGGGGAUGAAAACAAAUUGAUCUACUCGUCGAGAACGCAGAUUCCUCUUGUUCCUGGAUGGGCUAUGACUAUCCACAAGAGCCAAAGUCUGACACUUGACCCUGUCAUUAUCGACCUCUCGCGUGCCUGGGACGGAAGAUUGAAGUAUGUCGCGCUCAGCAGGGCUCGUUCGCUCCAGGGUCUGCAGGUGAGAGCGUGCAAGAGCGACUUCAGAAAUAAGUUGGAGCUUGAUCCUGAGGUAAAGAGUUUUAUGGUAAGAGUCGAGAAUUGUUCACAGGAGGGGAAGGUCUAG